AUGACUAUUGGACUUGGUACUGGAACAACUGUUUUUUAUGCACUUGAGAGAAUUGAUAAUUUAAUAAAAAGUGGGAAGAUAAAAGAUGUUGUAUGUAUUCCUACAAGUGUUGAUACAGAAAUAAAGGCAAAAACUUUUGGAAUACCUUUAACUACACUUAACAAAAAUUCUAAAAUUGAUGUAGCAAUCGAUGGAACAGAUGAAAUUGAUUUAAAUUUAAAUUUAGUUAAAGGAAGAGGAGGAGCUCUUGUUCGUGAAAAGCUAGUUGCAAAUAGUGCAUCAGUUUUUAUAAUUAUAGGAGAUGAAUCAAAAUUGUGUAUUAAUGGAUUAGGUACAACAGGAGCUGUACCUAUAGAAAUUUUAACAUUUGGUUAUGAAAAAAUUAUUGAAAAUUUACUAAAAAUUUCAACACUUCAAAAUUGUACUUAUAAAUUAAGAGAAAAAAAUGGAGAAAUUUUUGUGACAGAUAACAAAAAUUACAUAGUCGAUUUUUUUUUUACUGAUCCAAUAGAAGAUUUAUUAGAAACUUGCAAAAAAAUAAAAAUGACAACUGGUGUUAUAGAUCACGGAAUUUUUCUUGAUAUGACUAACAUCGCUUUAAUAAGUAAAUAUGAUGGAACAGUUUUAACAUUAAAUAAAAAAUAA